GCGGACAUUUUUCAAUGCAAGAUUUUUUUCUUGCAUAAAUUAUGUUCAUGACGUAGUGCAAAAGGCCAAUUUUGUGGCAAUUUUGUCCGACUUUACAGCUCAGGUGGGAUUUUGUGAGACACCCCGAGGAUCCUCGGCUGCCCGAACUGUUGCAGAAAGGGCAUCGUCAUUAAAUAUUAAGAGAGAGGAGAUCCUAACGUUGCAACCCUCCUUAUCAAUGCAAAUACCUCUUUUGUGUGCAGUCACAGCGCCUGUCUGGGAGCUGAGAUGAAUUUUUAAUUAUGUGUGACUGAAACAAACUGUGACAAGGACCUUUUAUAAGAGCGAGGGAUCACAGAAAAUAAGCUGCAUUUACGCGAAUGCCAGGAAGACAGUGACUGCGGUGGUGCAGCCAGCCAUGAACGCCCAGGAUCUCCCUGCCAAAGAUGCCCCACUCACUGUCAAUGAGCAGCCAUUCACUGUCUGACUGCAGAAGUCUUUUUUCAGCCAUUAAAUCCUGCACUUUGAAAUUCCCUGCCAAAGACAACCAGGUCAUUGUGAUGUCCGGCCAUGAGACUAUUCGUGUGCUAGAGGUAGAGGUCGAUGCACCUCUGCCAUCAUCAGUAACCGAUGGGAAGAGUGAAGGCAAAGCUGAGGAGGGAGUGGCUCUGGCCACAGAGCAAACUGAGGGCGGCAGCACCCAGGAUGGCCCCACUGUGCCCCAGAACACCGGGGGAAUAGUGCUUGGUGAGCAGCAGGUGGUGUCUGUAGAAGCUCCGACCCCUGCUGUCCAAACGCUGACUCCUGCUGUUCCCAUCAGUGUGUCCCUGCCGCAGACGCAGGCCGCCAUGCCCGUAACUGUACAAGGCUGUCCUCAGGUGCUGACCCAGGAAAGUCUGGCCACGUUGAUGACUGGUAUGAUGGCCCAGACGGGGUCGCUGGGCCAGCCCCUGCUCAUCCCGCUGAGUAUGGCGGGCUCCAUCGGUGGCCAGGGCAGUCUGGCUGUUCUCACCCUCCCCACCACCAAUGUAGCUACUCUCCCUGGGCUCGCAGCAGCUAACCCGGCCGGAAACCUCCUCAAGCUGCCCUUUGCUGGCCUCCAAGCUGCGACAGUCUUGAACUCAGUCCAGCCCCAGCUGCAGACGAAUGCGCAGACAGUGUUCCAGCCUCCAGCGGCCCCCAUGCAGCCAGUCCAGGCGGCUGUGCAGCAGUUGAUGUCUCAGCCGACACAGGGGACCAAUGCCCAGGUGACCGCUGCUCAGGUGGCAGCAGCGCAGGCAACCUCGGCCACCACCACCGUCUCUCAGUCCAACAUAUCUGUGGCAGCACUGCAGACUGCGGGACUCUCCAUCAAUCCCGCUAUUAUCAAUGCUGCUUCCUUGGGAGCACAGCCCCAGUUCCUCAGUUCCCUCACCUCCACCCCCAUCAUUACCAGUGCCAUGUCCAACAUGGCUGGCAUCACCAGCCAGAUCAUCACAAAUGCCCAGGGACAGGUUAUAGGAACCCUCCCGCUGUUGGUGAACCCAGCCUCUCUGGCUGGAGGGGCUGCGACUCCCACCCUCCCCCUCCAGGGUCUCCAGGUGCAGACUGUCACCCCACAGCUGCUUCUUAACACCCAGGGUCAGAUCAUUGCAACUGUAGGGAACGGACCUGCAACAGUUGCGACUUCCGCUGCAGUUCUGCCCAAAACCGCUGCUCCUCCAACACUUACCAAGCCUAACGCACAGGCUUCGGUAACUACUGUCACUCAGUCACCAGUUGUCAUUGCCCCACAGCCGUCUGUACUGAAGACCGCCACCACGCUCUCCUCCACGGUACCCAUCACCUGUGGAGACAUUACAAAAGUGGGCCAGCUUGUCAGCAAACCCCAGCAGGUAGUCGGCAGCGAGGAGGGCAUUAAUCUGGAGGAAAUUCGAGAGUUUGCCAAGAAUUUCAAAAUUCGUCGGCUGUCCUUGGGGCUUACUCAGACACAAGUAGGGCAGGCUCUGACUGCAACUGAGGGUCCGGCUUACAGCCAGUCUGCCAUUUGCAGAUUUGAAAAGCUGGAUAUCACCCCCAAGAGUGCUCAGAAGCUAAAGCCCGUGUUGGAGAAGUGGCUGGCGGAAGCCGAGCACUGGAACCAGAAAGGCCAGCAGAACCUUAUGGAGUUUGUUGGCGGUGAACCUUCCAAAAAACGCAAGCGGCGCACUAGUUUCACACCGCAGGCAAUAGAAGUUCUUAACUCUUACUUUGAGAAGAAUGCACUGCCAACAGGUCAAGAGAUUACUGAAAUUGCAAGGGAACUAAACUACGACCGAGAGGUUGUGCGAGUAUGGUUCUGCAACCGGCGACAGACGCUGAAAAACACAAGCAAGAUCAAUGUCUUCCAGGUUCAGUAGCGACCUCUUUCUGGGAACCCGAACAUUUCAUACAACAAUACAGAUGUAGAUAGUGUUGUAAAUAUGAUUUAAACUCCUUAAAGGCCGAAAGAAUAUGAACUUUGCGAGAAAGUGAAGGAGUCUUAUGAAAGAGUACUUAAAACGAGUUAAUAGUAUGUUUUUAAAGCUGUAUAUGUGUACACUACUUCUGUGUGGUGGGUACUAAGUCAAACUGCAUGGUCCGCUCAUCAUAUAAAGUGAUAAUAACGUCAUAUUUAAAAACAUUUGAUGAACUUUUAUACAAGUGAUUUUAUAUGCUACCCUUCUGCAUUAUUUCAAGUGGGCGAGCACUGAGUAACAUUGACUUUAAUCACUUUGGCACAAUGACUGACAUUAUGCUGAUAUUUGAAUAAUACGCUUUUACCACCACGGAUGUUUUUCAAAAUUUUAGCUCCUCAUUUACUUUAUAUUCACGUAGUAUUUGUGCUGCAUGAGCAGCUCUACAAACAUAAAUAAGAUUCUGAGAGGCAUAAAUGAUACGCUGGGCUGCAAGGAGGCAAUAACCUAUAACGUUUAUUUCAUCAGAAUUUGUUGUCUAAGGAAUAUCAAAAAUCACUUUGCCCUCUAU